GUCCAGCGGUCUACCGCAUAAACGCCGGUGGUCAGGAAAUCGUCGAAGAGAUUUGAAACUCCACUCAUUUCGCGUGUUUUUCGCGUAUUCCCUGCCCUUAAGCGGCAUUUGAAUUAAUAUCAUGGCCUCAGAGGAACUGCUUACUUGCUAUAACAAAGGAUGCGGGCAAAAAUUCAAGCUCGACGAAAACAACGAAGGUGCAUGUGUACACCAUCCUGGAGUCCCAGUCUUUCAUGAUGCUCUCAAGGGCUGGUCCUGUUGUAAAAAGCGAGUAACAGACUUCACAGAGUUUCUAAACAUUCCUGGCUGCACUACCUCCUUUCAUAACAAUGAGAAACCAGCAGCUCCAGAAAAACCAGAAGAGAAACCACUUGAAAAGGAUGAGGUUAUAGAAGUUAAUAACCAGCCACGAAAACCACAACCGAAAGAGUCUGUGAGACCCAGUGAUGAUCUUCCAAAAGUUGCCCUGAAAACAACUGUCACAGACUCACUGAAAAGUGCUCUGGCAAAACAGAAAGAGGCUCAGAAAGAAAACCAGGCCAAUAAAAACUCAGAGGAUCACGGUGAUGAAAUCAAGGUUGGCACAGUAUGUAAAAACAGCUCCUGCAAUUCGACGUAUGUGAGUGAAAGCACAAAUGAUGAGAGAUGCUGGCAUCAUCCUGGUGCUCCAGUCUUCCAUGAGGGUUACAAGUACUGGACCUGUUGUAUGAAGAGAACCACAGACUUUAACGAGUUCCUUGGUCAGGAAGGCUGUUCGUCAGGGACACAUCGCUGGGUCCUAACAGAGGAGGAGAAAAAGAAAAAAGUUCUUUGCAGAUAUGACUGGUUCCAAAUGGGCAAUUCUGUUGUUAUUUCUGUUUAUGCCAAACUCACUGACCCUAAUGCAACAGUUAUCAAGGCUAAUAGUACCCAGCUUAGUGCCAGCAUUAUGUUUGGUGAAGCCAGUUCGUUUGAUCUGGAGAUUAGUUUGUAUGGGGUGAUAGAUCCUGAGAAAAGCACAGUGCUCAUGUCACCAACCAAGGUGGAGAUCAAGCUUCGCAAGGCAGACAUCGGCAGCUGGAGUAAUCUAGAGCUCAAGACCACACCCCCCAAAACUAGCUGAGGCCUGGAAUCAGGACACUUGAACAAGACACAAACAUUGAACACUUUGCAUUUAUAUCUAGAGCUGAAAGUUGAAGCAUAACAAACAUUCGAGCUAAACGUAACUGAACUGACAUUGUACACUUAUGUUACCAGCUAAGGACCGUGACCAUACACCCCUCAAAUCGAUUCUGUUACUUUGACUUUGACACUAGUGAAGUGUUGAACGCUGUACACUUAUGUUUAGAACUGGUCUAGACUCAUGAUAGUAAGCUUGCUGGCCAGGUUUUCCCUGCUGUUCUUGUUAGGUGUAAAAGGAACUAAGCUAGAAAAAAAAUAACUAUUACUAAAUAAAUACUAUCUUUCGUUGAA